AUGGAUGAUGCUGAUAUUGACGGACUACAGUAUCCUGUCAGUCAGCCAUGUGAUGCUAACGGUGACCCACAACCUGAUGUACUUUGGGAUGUGCCAAAAUUACUUAAGGCAUAUCUCCAUGGGAUCCGUGGCUACGUCUACCACCAAGAAACUGUGCUCAAGGAUCCAGUCACCCUGUCUAACUGUAUACUCAUUGACCCUGAUGAUUUUGAUACAUACAGGGCCUCAAGCGCAUUCAUCGUGUUCUGCAGCCGCACCAUCCCACAGCCUCUUGUCUCCAAGCCAUCUCGAUGUUCACCAGCUGAGGAAUUUGAUCGGGGCAUUCAUUUAGAUGCUAAUCUUUAUCCAACUUUGUCCAAUAAUAGGCAAUGGGAUAGUCCUCAUGGCAAACGUCUCACUCUUCAUCUCUCAUCAGUCGACCUUGAGCCUGAUCCCAUUGUUGACCCCGAGACCAAAAGCCGACAUGGUACACCUGAAGAAUUUGAUUGGGGCAUUAAACUAGAUGCCAACCUCUAUCCAACUUUGUCUGAUGAUAAGCAAUGGGAUAGUUACCGGCCUAAUCUAGAAGCUACUUGUCGCACUCACGGAUUGACACAGGUCCUUGACCCCAAGUACCAGCCCAUCAGCCUUGAUGAGCGAGACCUCUUUGAUAGACAUCAAUCCUUCUUGUAUCAGGUGUUUGUCCGGACCCUCCUCACCGAUCAAGGCAAGAAGAUUGUUAGACAAUACAAUAAGACUUACGAUGCCCAGUGCAUCUACCGGGAUCUAUGCAAGUUUUAUACUCAGUCUAUCAUGGCCACUUCGACUGCCAACACCAAAUUGCAAUGGUUGACCACUGCUCAACUCACUGCAGACCGAUGGCUCGGUAGUCAUGUGUCCUUCAUUCUUCAUUGGCUCCAUACUCUUCGCCAGUACCACAAGGUAGCAAAACACACGACCCCUGAGGAGCAACUCAUCGUCAUGUUAUCCAAUGCUGUCAGACUUGUGCCAUACCUUCGCAACGUGUUUGACAGUAGCAAACAAGUGGCCUUGCAGAACAACAACAGACCACUUACUUUUGACGAGUAUGCGUCACUCCUUGAGGCAGCAGCCCAAAACCAUGAUGAGGUCACCAAAGGAACCAAGCCCAAGGCCGAUCCUAGGAAGGCAUAUGCUACUGAUGUUGUCACCACUGGUGAUCUUGAACCAGAUCCUGGCCCUCCCAUGUUUGACUUCCAAAUUGACAUGAUCCUUGGCGACUACUAUGCUUACUGCACGUCUUUGUCAUCUGCUCGCAAGACCUUUUUUACCUACCAAACUGUGGCAACAAUUAGAUGA